CUGCGCUGUGGGUUUGACCUACACGGUUGCCGGAGAAUAUGGCAGCGGCUAGAUUGGGGCUGCAGGUGCGUCAGUUCAGCUCCACGGUGAGCAGGCCAGCCGCUAAGCUGGUGAAGCCGCCCAUCCAGGUGUAUGGAGUGGAGGGCCGCUAUGCCACCGCCCUGUACUCGGCAGCCAGCAAGCAGAAGAAGCUGGACCAAGUGGAGAAGGAGCUGGGCGUUGUCUCGGGCCUGAUCGCAGACCCCAAGCUGUCAAGUAUCGUCAUGAACCCCCAUGUCAAGCGUAGCGUCAAGCAGAAGACGUUCAGCGAUGCUCUAACCAAGGAGAAGCUGUCCCCCAUCACUGUCAACCUCAUUAACGUCCUGGCCGAGAAUGGUCGUCUGACCCUGACCCCUGAUGUCAUCUCCGCCUUCGGCAAGAUGAUGAGCGCCCAUCGUGGGGAGGUCAUCUGCUCCGUCACUACCGCCCAGCCCUUGGAUGAGACCAGUCUGGCAGAGCUGAAGGUCGCUCUGAAUGGCUUCCUGCAGAAGGGGGAGACACUCAAGCUGGAGACUAAGUCUGACCCUUCCAUCCUGGGUGGGAUGAUUGUCAGCAUUGGGGACAAAUAUGUGGACAUGUCCACCAAGUCCAAGAUCCAGAAGCUGACCAAAAUCAUCAGGGAGACAUAAGUCCUGUGGACUUAGAAAGGGAAGAAUAGAGACUGGGAUAUUAAUGUUUGUUGCAGCCUGGCUUCAGAAUUGCGCAAGAACAGUAAACCCUGUCUACCUGUUUUUGUUCAAUAAAUAUUAUGUAACA